AUGCCGCAGGAGAACCGAGAGCGCUUGACCAUCACGUCGACAGCUCAGGGAAUCAACGACGACGGUCAGCUACAGGUGGACAUAGAGGUGGACGGACGUGUGCCGACACUACCGACCGGCGUCGUCCUGCUGCGGCCAUUCACAGAGGACUAUGUGCAGAGUGGAGAAGGUUCGCUAUACGGGUAUUCGUCACGGAGCUUCCAAGUGAACGGCUACAUGCUGCCGUACGCGUGGAACCACACGGUAACGUACGAUGCGGACGCUGGUAGGCUGCCUUUCCUCGUGCAGAGUCUGUUCACGACCAACCUGCGCGUGCACUACGGUCGUGGCCACCGCAAGCUGAAGAUCCGUGCAGCGGCAGCCAUCAGGAAAGGAGAACCCAGCAAUAGAUGUCCAGAGGGCUUUACACUGGACGAGAGCGGACCUUUCUGUUUGGACGAUGACGAGUGUGUACGCAUGCAGCCCUGUGCACACGUCUGUAACAACGUGCUUGGAAGUUACUACUGCUCCUGCCCGGAUGGCAUGACGCUAGGACCGGACGGAAAAUCUUGCCAGGGACGGGACCAGCAUUUACGGAGCCACGAUUCAGGAUCAAGCUGCAGCUACUUGGACGAAUGCCAGCUGGGCAUGAUGACGUGUGCUGAGGGUGAGGAGUGUGUAAACACCAUCGGUUCUUACCAGUGUGUGCAGCCGUGUGGGAGAGAGUGA